AUGGCCAAGUCCAAUAAUGUUCAAGAAACUUCUGAUGUCCGGCUUCUUAUUGAGGUCGACAAACUCCAAGAGUAUUUAACUUUAAAGAUGCCAGAGUUUCGAGCUCCCUUAGAGGUUAGACAGUUCAAGUAUGGUCAAAGUAAUCCUACAUACCUUCUUAUUGAUGCAAAUAAAAAGCGAUAUGUUCUUCGAAAAAAACCUCCAGGUGCUCUUUUAUCGACUACUGCUCACGCUGUUGAACGUGAAUUUCGAAUACUUGAUGCACUAAGUCGUAACACUGAGAUUCCUGUACCUAAGGUGAUGGAAUUUCUCAAAGGUCGAAUUUUCAAUGAUGCAUCAUUUUCGUCUCUUUCACAAAAAGAUUGUAGGCAAUGUUGGUAUUCAGCUAUAGAUACUUUAGCCAAGCUUCAUUCUAUUGACCAUAAAUCUAUUGGACUGAAAGGCUAUGGCAAACCUUCUGGAUUUUAUUCUCGGCAGAUUCAUUCAUUGCUCAGGGUUUCUGCUGCACAAGCAACUGCUCGAGAUAAAAAUGAUGUAGCAGUUGGAGAAAUUCCUAGAUUAGAUGAAAUCAUAAAGUGGCUUAAAAGAAACGAACUUCCUGAUGAAACUACAAUUGUACAUGGGGAUUAUAAGAUAGAUAAUUUGGUAUAUCAUCCAACCGAAUCGCGCGUUAUUGGAAUAUUGGAUUGGGAAUUAUCUACAAUUGGGCACCCGAUGUCGGAUGUUGCAAAUCUUCUCAUGCAUUAUUAUUUAAGACACGAUACUUUUAACCUUUUCCCUGGUUUCAUCGGUGCCAAAGAUAUCAACGUGCCUUCUUUGGAGGAAUUGAUGCGACUUUAUUGCGAGAAAACAAGAAGACCAUAUCCAAUCAAGAAGUUUGAUUACGCAAUAUUCGGUGUGAUUACCCAAGGCAUCGAUGCUCGUGUUGCAUUAAAACAAGCGAGUUCAGCGGAAGCAAAAAAGUAUAAUGGCGCAUUCAAGAAAAGUGCAGAAUGUGCACUUGAAAUAGUAGAUCGUGGUGAUUUGGACAUUCAAAAUAAACUUUGA